AUGGCAGCUGCUGACGAGUCCAGGGCCAUGAUAGAAGCUUUCUGCAAGUGGUGCCAGGAGCAGUCUUGUGAAAUGAGCCGGGUGCGCAUAGAACAAACGUCGUCGGGCUUGGGCUUGCUGGCCGCGCAGGACAUAAAAGCUGGUGAGAUUGGUCUGUCAGUCCCGAUAGAUGCCCUUUUGACCGUCGCUGCAGCUGCGAAAACGGAGAUAGGCCAGACAGUCCUUAGCAGCGCCGCCGCCCGCAACAGGGGAGUCAGUGCGCAAGCGCUCAUGUACAUUGUCAUGCUGGACGGCUGGCAUAACCCAGCAAGCAGGUGGCACAGCUACCUGAGACUGAUUCCAGCUACACACAACGAUCCUCUGUGGUGGACGGACAGCGAGCGACAAGAACGAUUAGCGGGCACCCAGCUCUUUCACGAGGCCGCGCGUCACAUGGCCCAGCUCCGUGACGUCUACGACUCACUAUUCCCUGCUCUGUCUCAACAGCUGCCCAGUGUCUUCCCUGCCGAGCGCUACACGUUUCAAGCAUUCCUUUGGGCCCGGUCCUCUCUGUCCUCGCGUUGUUUCUCCAACAAGCAGCUGUCCACUUGGCUUCACAGCGACGGUCAUGAGCUUCCGGAGCUCCCAGCUCUCGAAACGGAGGAAAAAAGCUUGGUAAACGACUGUCCGGCAGCUUUAUGCCCCCUCUUGGAUAUCACGAACCACAACCCAGAUGUCGAAGUCCAUGUGGGCUUGGUGCGGUCCGCUGGCACCAUACAUCUCGGAAUCAGCGCCACCUCUGCGGUAGCCACAGGAUGCGAGUUCUUCAACAACUAUGGUUCAUGCCGGACGAACUUGCAGCUGCUCUUGGCACAUGGGUUUGCCGUGCCAAAGAACAGUGCCGACACGCUGCCGGUGAAGAUUCGCUCCGACGACUCCACAAGACCCGAGCUGCAGCGCAAAGCUUUGGAGCUUGCAGGCCUCAACACAGCUGAAGUCCAUGAGCUCUCUCUCUCCGAUCUGCUCCCGGUGAAGCUGCUGGCACUCCUUCGGAUCUUGUGUAUGAGCCUGGACUGCUUGGACAUGUACUAUGUCAAGGAAGGAGCUGCGCUGCUUCAGAAGCUGCAGUCUCCAGUGCCCGUUGAAUACUGCGACAGGUGCGAGAUGCAGGUGCUGUCCACACUGGAGGGGCAGCUCCUAAACCAGAAGAGCCGCAUCCGCCCGGCGGACCUGUCUGCUGCCUCUGCGCCCGAGCGGCACGCUGCCGUGUACCGGGCGGGACAGCUGGAAAUCAUCUCUGAGGCGCUCAAGGAGAUCCAGCGAAGGCGCAAGCACUUCUGUGGAGAGAACGGGCUGCUGGAGGAAAGCGAAGAAGAGGAGGGAGCGGAGGUGGACCCGGAAGAGGAGGAGCCGGAGGAGGAGGAAGGAUGGCCCAGGCCCGCGGGGGUGAAGCGCCCUCGGUACGGCGUGGAGUACGCAAUGUGGUGCUACGUGAAGCGGUUGAAGGUUCUUCGGGACGGAAUGUUGGUGUCCCUUUGCUGCAGCUGCUCAAGCUUUCCUAGCUGCUUUGUGAAGUCGGCUUCGUGA